AGCAGAUGGUGUGUGACCCUCUGUGUUCGGACGCUGGCUGCUGGGGGCCGGGACCAGACCAGUGCCUGUCCUGUCGCUACUUUAGUAGGGGACGCAUCUGUGUGGACACCUGCAAUCUCUAUGAAGGGGAGGUGCGUGAGUAUGACAACGGCUCGGUGUGUGUGGAGUGUGAUGCCCAGUGUGAGAGAGCAGAUGGUGACUCCCUGACCUGUCAUGGCCCGGGUCCGGAUCACUGUGUAAAGUGUCUCCACUUUAAAGAUGGUCCUAACUGUGUGGAUAAGUGUCCCGACGGCCUUCAGGGGGCCAACAGCUUCAUCUUUAAAUAUGCCGAGGCCAACAACGAGUGUCAUCCCUGUCACUCUAACUGCACUCAGGGGUGUAUUGGACCCAGACUGCAGGACUGUAUUGGCAUGAUGGACAGGUAAAUAUCUCUUCAAAUCCCUACUGUCCCCAAGGACAGACUGCGUAUACAGACACACAAGUUCAACUUUGAUUUAUUUGUGAUUUGUAAGUACAAGUUCAUGCAUUGAAAUGUAUCUUUGACGAGGGCUCAAUAGUAAAAAGAUGAGACACACACGUCUCCCCAGCAGAAAAUGU